AUGCUCAGAAUACUAUCGACCCUUUUUCUCGCAAUCACUGGAAUCUACUCACAAGUGGAGCAAAACCUCCAGCAAAGUGAAAGGUUUGGUGGCCCUCACGGAAAAGAGUUUUCGGAUAAACCUCUGAUUGUUGCUGGACAAACCGUGGGAUCCAUUACGCUUUACGGUGGCGAGCGAUCUCAUGGAAUUUCAUUGGAAGUGACUAGUCCGACUGUAGCUACAUUUAGGCAUGGAUUUACUGAGGGGACUGGCAACACCCUCGUUUUGGAAGCGGGCGAACGCAUUACGUCCAUGGAAGUGCAUUGGGGUAAAGCGGGACGUCGCACGCGUAUAUUCUACGUCAAGUUUAUCACGAGUGCCGAAAACGAGAUUUCAAAAGGGUCGAUGACCUCCAACAAAAAAAUGGUUACAGCACCAAAAGGAUAUGAGCUUGGGGGCUUCUUUGGACGUGCUGGCGGGGAGAUCGAUGCACUUGGAGCAAUCUGGGCUCCAUCUUUAGUUGUAUCUACACCACCUCCUAGUGCACCGGAAUCUCCGGCGCCAGCAUCUGAUCUCGGAAUUACUAUUAAGAACGCUGUUCAGUUGAGCGAAAGUUUCGGUGGACCUCAUGGCACUGAGUUUUCUGAUAAAGCAAAAGUGGGUCCAGGACAAAUUAUCGAGUCACUAACUCUUUAUGCCGGAGACCGUAUCGAUCGACUGGAACUCAAAAUCAUGUCACCUCGAGCUGAAAUGUUCAAUCAUGGAUAUACGGGAGGAGAAAGACUUCAGGUUCUGCGACUUGGCGAAGGCGAACACAUCAUAUCGAUGGAGGUUCAUUGGGGCAAGCAAAACGGCCGAACGCGUGUUUUCUACACGAGCUUCAGCACAAAUAAAGGCAAUACCCUUGCUUCAGGAUCUCAAACACGGGACAAGCAUACGGUGACUGCGCCAGAAGGUUUCCAGCUCGGUGGAUUCUUCGGUCGUGAUGGCCAUGCACUUGAUAGAUUGGGCGCAAUUUGGUCGAGCAUCGAGACCGUCACACCUGUACCGACAGAAGCACUCGAAGAAACAGCUUACCAUUUACCAGUCGAUGGUGAUGGAAGAGCGCCGCGAAAACGAGCAAAGAUCUCGAGCGAGUCCUUCGGUGGACCACACGGCAAACAGUUUUCGGACUUGGCCUUGGCCAGAUCUGGUCAGAUCAUCAGCUCAAUUACGAUCUGGAGUGGUGAACGGCCACACGGUAUCGCUCUUGACGUCACAGAUCCGAUCCCGGAGCUAUUUUACCACGGUGGUGAAGGCGGAAAGGAGAACAAACUUAUACUGGGAGCGGGUGAAUAUAUAACGUCAAUAGAGCUUCACUGGGCCAAAGUAAGCGGCUCAACGCGUAUCGUUCACCUAACUUUCAACACAAGUGCAGGUAACUUGGUAUCAGGAGGAAAGCGAACAGAUACGGGUGAGACUAUUUUCGCACCAGAAGGCUAUCAGUUGGGCGGAUUCUUCGGUCGCGAAGGGGACGAAAUCGAUUUAUUAGGAGUGGUUUGGACUAGUAUUGAAGCCAUCUCCGAACCACCUUUCACCAGCAAUAACGCUCUGAUAGAGGAGGAAAUUGUGUUGAGCAAAGUCCGUGGUGGCCCUCAUGGAGUAGCGUUCUCUGAUAUUGAGCAGAUUGUCCUGGGAGAAAGAAUUCAUUCUCUUACUUUGCGAAGUGGCCGUCGCCUUGAUGAAGUUGGCAUAAGACUGUUGAAGCCAAGUGAUCUAACGCUGACCCACGGUGGUGCAGGAAAUCCUCCACUUACGUUAACACUCGGUCCAGACGAGUUCAUUAACUCUAUGGAAGUUCACUGGGGCAAAACAAAUGGCCGCACGAGCAUAUUUUACGCCAGUUUUAACACCAACCUGGGCAAUUCCGUUUCAUCAGGAACAAAAACUAAUCAUUUUGCCACAGAGACUGCACCGGAGGGGUAUGAGCUUGGUGGAUUGUUUGGUAGAGCUGAAAGUGAAAUUUUUCAACUCGGGGCCAUCUGGAUUAAAAUUGGCGCUAAACACAAAAUGCUUACAGAUGUCAUGGGCACUGCGUGGCAUGGCAGUAUCAUUCGGAACUGGGUGGGACCUACGAUCGGUGCAGAUAAGGACUCGGCUUGCUAUCGGAUGUAUCAACCGUUCAAUUCCAAGAGGAUGUGCCCUCUUGGCUACAGCAAUGACAACAACGACUGCGUCGCUCAAUGUCCCCUCGCCUAUCCUGUGGAAUGUGGUUAUGAGUGCAUACCUCAGAACGAUGACUGUGCACUGGCAGUUGCUAGCAAAGUAGCGUCCGUCGCCGCAGUGGCGCUCAAUGCAGCAACUGCGGGAAUUUUCACAAGUGUCAAAACGCUGUACAAAGGAGCGAAACGCAUCUACAUGUGCGCUGCAAACAUCAUUAACAUCAUUAGGCAACUCAUCUUCUACAUUAGGUUUGUUCAAACAACGGCGCCACAAGGAGAGGUUGAGCAAUUACUGGCGGUGUCGUAUCAGUCAAACAUCGUGCUUACUGAUUUGCCCAUUGCCAUUUACGCUUGUCUUGGUAUUCCUACUCCCAAAAAACUGCAAUGGGCUAGUUAUGUUGUACUUACUGUGCAAACAAUCGUUAAGCAAACGAUCAUAAAUGGAGACGAAAUAAUUUCUUCAGCAAAUAACGUCAUCGACUUGCUUAAAAACUCAAAUGCUAUCAACAGCUCGGCAGAUAGUGUGACGGAGCUAGACGACUUCAUAGCUGCAAAUUCAUCUUGUGGAUUCGAGCUCAAGCAGCUGACUGAUCGUGUGUUGUUGACUGUCGAGGAAAUUCGCAACAGUACGUCGAAUGCCGACGUGAAUGAUAUCCGCGUGACGAUAAGUAAAUCACCACUAGUACUAAUUGACAUUCCUUCCGUCACAAACAAUUGUAUGAAAGAGAUGCUUGUCAAUAAGACAAAAAAAGCUGCAUUUGAGACGCGAGAUUUACUUCGAAAGACGAUGGAAGUGAUUAUUCAGCAACUUGUUGAGACAGCGACAACAGAUAUGGGGAAGGACGUGGCUGAAGACCAACAGAUUCUGGAAGCUGCAAAUUUUGGACUCGUCGUACUCGGUGGCUUGGACCCCACGGGUAUAACUCAUAUGGUAUCCCAAUUUGUGCAGCCCGUUUGCGGACCUACUGGAUUUAUCGGUGAGAUUGACGACGGCAAUUUAUACGAUGCUUUGGGAAUGUGGGUGAUAGAUGAAGCAUUUCGAGGUAGUCACGGCGCGUGGACGAAAAAAGGUGAUGGAGUUGUACGCAUAAUUCUUGAAAGUACGGAUACGGAAGACGUAACCGUGGAAAUCCAGUCCGGUGGCGAUGACUAUGCUGAAGUAGAUGUGGCAGCGGGUGAUACUGUGGUCUGGGAAUCGACCGUUCCAGAACUGCAAGACAAAACCCUCUAUUUAGACCGAUGGCGUACAGGAUUGAUGGGAUUGCCCGGUACCGGUGGUGGAUCACUGCUUCUUUGGGUUCCGCGAGCUGCAGAAGGAGGUCACUUAACGCUACAUGCCCGGAUCAACGUAAGUUAA